UCUUCGUACUAUCGAAGGAAUUCAUAAAUCUAAGACAACUUUUUAAAUAUACAAUUAAUUGCAAAUACGAUAAUUUUUCUGAGCGAUUCGUAAUUUCUGGUGCGAUAAUAAAUAAUUACUGUAAGCUGAAGCAAAAUUAGGAGAAUGGCUAGUACUUCUACAAUAAAGAUUCCUUGGGAGCUAUUAGUGGAAGAAUUGAAGAAUAUACCUGUUGAGAUAAGACUAUACGUAUCAUCAAUAAUCAAUGAGUUGCAUACAUCUGAUAAAAAAUUAACAUCGGAAAAGUGGAUAAGCACUUCAAUAACAAAGAUAGAAGCUUGUUUAGAUCGCACAUGGGAAGCAUUGAAUUCAGGCUACUGGAAAGAUGUCCCUAUAGAAUACAGAUAUUGUUAUUCUUUAUGCAUUAUUAUGAAGGUAAUACUGUUAAAACUUGAAUAUGAAGUGAAUGCUGAGAAUUUUACUGAAAAAGAGAAAAAAGCUGCAUUAAAAAAUAUUAUUAACCAAAUUGACAAAGGUAUUCUGUUAGGCGCGCCUCUUUCCAGUACACCAAAUUUGCUAACAACUAUUGCUGCAGAGCUGAACAGCUAUUGUGUUGACAAUGUGUUUUCAUUGAACGAAUCUAGUGGCAUAAGUUUAAAGGAAAUUGCAAUCGAUGAUCAAAUUAAUGAUAUAAUCUUGCCCGGAUUUUCGGAAGUAAUACAUUAUGCGGAGCCUUCGAUGGAGUCAUUUUAUAAAGAAGUUUUUAUGCCGAAAUGCCCAGCCGUAUUGAAAGGUUGCAUGAAACACUGGAAAGCAUUGACAUUAUGGAAGAAUCCUGAUUAUCUAAAUAAGAUCGCUGGAUCUCGGAUGGUACCGAUCGAAAUCGGUUCCCGUUAUACUGAGGAGGAUUGGACGCAACAUCUUGUUAGUUUCUCGGAAUUUUUGCAAAAGCAUAUUAUUAUGAGCGAUAGUCAAGUCGGUUAUUUGGCGCAACAUCAACUUUUCGAACAGAUACCAGAAUUAAAAGAAGAUUUCGGAGUGCCCGAGUAUUGUAGUUUUUCGGAUAAUCAAGAUAAUGACCAGGACAUGGAACCGCCUGAUAUAAAUGCAUGGUUCGGACCUAGUGGCACAGUAUCGCCCUUGCAUUAUGAUCCAAAAAAUAAUUUGCUCUCUCAGGUAUUCGGUUACAAAAGAAUUAUUUUAUAUCAUCCGGACGAAACAAACAAUCUGUAUCCGUAUACCACAAAGUUACUAAACAAUACGGCGCAGACAGACCCAAUAAAUCCAGAUUAUAACAAGUGGCCAAAUUUUCGUAAAGCUAAAGGCUUCAUGUGUUACUUAAAACCUGGAGAAAUGUUGUAUAUUCCGCCAAAGUGGUGGCAUCACGUAACUGCCCUCUCUCCGAGUUUUUCAAUUAGCUUCUGGUGGAGUUAAUAAUAUCAUUUUGUAUAUAAAUGUA